GUGACUUCUGUGAGUUUACCAUUCCUUUAGCUGCAGGGGAUCUAGCUGCUACUCGAGGAUAAGGCUCCUGUUGCUGUGAAGAUCACGUACAAUACAGAUCACUGCGUUUGCCAGUAAAGAAGAAACAUUAUAACAAUAUCUGACAAAUUCAGUUGCUGAACAAGACAAUGUCUGACAAGACUGAGAACCAAACCUCAGACCUUCCUGAUGCACACAGAGGGCGUCUAGAGGAAAACCCGGGCACUGGGCUAUUAAAUGUGAAGGAAGAGGAUGAGACAGAUGACAUGAAUAGUCAUCAGACUGAAAUACAUUGCUCCCUCCCUGCCGAUGAAGAUUACGCUGAUAUAGUGAAAGUUGAGAUAACAGAAGAUCUGUGUGUGAGGCAUCAGCUGGAAACACCAGAUGAGGAAACCAGUGACAGCAUCAGUCAAGGCCAUAAGAAUGUGACGCCUUCAGAUAGCUCAGAAGUUGAGCACAGAGAAAAACCAUAUUUAUCUAAUCACGUGAAGACUGAGGAGGAUGAAGUUCCUAUAAAUACAGCUACAGACCAUAAGGAUGUGACACCUUCAGAUAGCUCAGCAGUUGAGCACAGAGGAGAACCAUAUUUAUCUGAUCACGUGAAGACUGAGGAGGAUGAAGUUCCUAUGAAUACGGCUACAGACCAUAAGGAUGUGACGCCUUCAGAUAGCUCAGCGGUUGAGCACAGAGGAGAACCAUAUUUAUCUGAUCACAUGAAGACUGAGGAGGAUGAAGUUCCUAUGAAUACGGCUACAGACCAUAAGGAUGUGACGCCUUCAGAUAGCUCAGCGGUUGAGCACAGAGGAGAAGCAUAUUUAUCUAAUCACAUGAAGACUGAGGAGGAUGAAGUUCCUAUGAAUACGGCUACAGACCAUAAGGAUGUGACACCUUCAGAUAGCUCAGCAGUUGAGCACAGAGGAGAACCAUAUUUAUCUAAUCACAUGAAGACUGAGGAGGAUGAAGUUCCUAUGAAUACGGCUACAGGUGAUGUUAAGACUGAGGUCACACUUAAUGCUGAACAAACAAAUGAUCUGUACGUAAAGAGUCAGCUGGAAGCUGUGAAGCAGGAAAUCUGUGACAAUAUCAGUACAGGUGAAUUCACAAACCGUUAUUCUAGUCAUGGUCAGAGUGCAGAUGUUUCUUCCAGUCUUCCCCAAAAUCAAAGAAUCCACAUAGGGAAUUUAUGUUCUGAAUGUGGGAAAUGCUUCACAGAGAAAUCAUUUCUUUUUGACCAUCUGAAAUCUCAUACAGGAAAUAAAGCAUUUCCAUGUUCUGACUGUGGGAAAUGUUUUACUCAAAAAUCAGAUCUUAUUAGACAUCACAAAGUUCACACAGGAGAAAAGGCAUUUUUAUGUUCUGACUGUGGGAAACGUUUUACUCAGAGAUCAAAUCUUAUUAAUCAUCAGAAAAUUCAUACAGGAGAAAAGGCAUUUUCAUGUUCUCUCUGUGGGAAAUGUUUUACUCGGAAAGCAGAUCUUAUUAGACAUCACAAAAUUCACACAGGAGAAAAGGCAUUUUCAUGUUCUGACUGUGGGAAAUGUUUUACUCUCAAAUCAAAUCUUAUUGAUCAUCAGAAAAUUCAUACAGGAGAGAAAGCAUUUUCGUGUUCUGAAUGUGGGAAAUGUUUUACUCGGAAAUCAUAUCUGAUUAUGCAUCAGAAAAUUCACACAGGAGAAAAAGCAUUUUCAUGUUCUGACUGUGGGAAAUGUUUUACUCGGAAAUCAUAUCUGAUUAUGCAUCAGAAAAUUCAUACAGGAGAGAAAGCAUUUUCAUGUUUUGAAUGUGGGAAAUGUUUUACUCAGAAAUCAAAUCUUAUUGAACAUCAGAAAAUUCAUACAGGAGAGAAAGCAUUUUCAUGUUUUGAAUGUGGGAAAUGUUUUACUCAGAAAUCAUGUCUUAUUAGGCAUCGCAAAGUUCACACAGGAGAAAAAGCAUUUACAUGUUCUGACUGUGGGAAAUGUUUUACUUGGAAAUCAAACCUUAUUGAUCAUCAGAAAAUUCAUACAUGAGUAAAAGCAUUUUUAUGAUCUGUCUGUGGGAAAUGUUUUACUCGUCAAUCAAAUCUUAUUUAUCAUCAAAAAAUUCAUACAAUAGAAAAUGAAUUUUCAUGUUUUGUCUGUGGGAAAUGUUUUACUCUUAAAUCAAAUUUUAUUAGGCAUCACAAAAUUCACACUGGAGAAAAAAGAAUUUUCAUCUGAAAAUGAUAUUUUACUCGGAAAUCAAGUCUUUUUUUUUCUUUUCUUUUUUUUUUAACUAUUUAUAUCCAACCAUGUAUACAGGUAAGCAAAUGACAUAUUAUAGUGCCACGCAGGGCCAAAAAAUUUUACAAUAUGCAAUAAAGAAAAAAAAAUCAGACACAUUUAUAUAAA